AUGGCCACCCAAACACUGAACGUGCACCCAAUAGACCAGAACCCGAAGCACUUCCAGCCAUGGCACUGUCCGUCAUCAGUCGUUUGUGCCGAAGUUCUCAACGCCCCAGACGACGGAGAUUAUUAUUGGGACGAGGGAGAAGAUGCUACCGUACCCGAGGCCGACAAGAGCGGUGGUCAAAUGGGAGAGCUCGGGGUGGUGAGUGGGGAGUGGAGACGCGAGAAGGAGGAAGCCUAG